UAUAACCUUUUUCUUAGCAUACAUCUGUGGAUGGAUAUACGGAACCACACAUCCAGCCUACCAAAUCAAGUAGCAGACAGAACAUCCCCCGGUGUAGAAACUCCAUUACAUCAGCAACAGAUGAACAGCCUCACAUUGGAAAUUACCGUUUACAAAAAACAAUAGGGAAGGGGAAUUUUGCCAAAGUGAAAUUGGCAAGACAUGUUCUAACUGGUAGAGAGGUUGCUGUGAAAAUAAUAGACAAAACUCAGCUAAAUCCUACCAGUCUACAAAAGUUGUUUCGAGAAGUAAGAAUAAUGAAGAUACUGAAUCAUCCUAAUAUAGUGAAAUUGUUUGAAGUUAUAGAAACUGAGAAGACUCUCUAUUUAGUCAUGGAGUAUGCAAGUGGGGGUGAAGUGUUUGAUUACUUAGUUGCCCAUGGAAGAAUGAAAGAGAAAGAGGCCCGUGCAAAAUUUAGGCAGAUUGUGUCUGCCGUACAGUAUUGCCAUCAAAAGUGCAUUGUUCACCGUGAUCUUAAGGCUGAAAAUCUUCUCCUUGAUGCUGAUAUGAAUAUUAAAAUUGCUGACUUUGGUUUUAGUAAUGAAUUCACAGUCGGGAACAAAUUGGACACAUUUUGUGGAAGCCCACCCUAUGCCGCUCCUGAGCUUUUCCAAGGAAAGAAGUAUGACGGGCCCGAGGUGGACGUUUGGAGUCUUGGCGUCAUUCUGUAUACAUUAGUCAGUGGUUCCUUGCCUUUCGAUGGCCAGAAUUUAAAGGAACUGCGGGAGCGAGUCUUGCGAGGGAAGUACCGUAUCCCCUUCUACAUGUCCACAGACUGUGAAAAUCUUCUGAAGAAAUUAUUAGUGCUGAAUCCAAUAAAGAGAGGCAGCUUGGAACAAAUAAUGAAAGAUCGAUGGAUGAAUGUUGGUCAUGAAGAAGAAGAAUUAAAGCCAUAUACUGAGCCUGAACCAGACUUCAAUGAUACAAAAAGGAUAGACAUUAUGGUCACCAUGGGUUUUGCACGAGAUGAAAUAAAUGAUGCCUUAAUAAGUCAGAAAUACGAUGAAGUUAUGGCUACUUAUAUUCUUCUAGGUAGAAAACCACCUGAAUUCGAAGGCAGUGAAUCGCUAUCCAGUGGAAACUUGUGUCAGAGGUCCCGGCCCAGUAGUGACCUAAACAACAGCACUCUUCAGUCCCCUGCUCACCUGAAGGUCCAGCGAAGCAUCUCAGCAAAUCAGAAGCAGCGGCGUUUUAGUGAUCAUGCUGGUCCAUCCAUUCCCCCUGCCGUAUCAUACACUAAAAGGCCUCAGGCUAACAGUGUAGAAAGUGAACAGAAAGAGGAGUGGGACAAAGAUGUGGCUCGUAAACUUGGCAGCACCACAGUUGGAUCAAAAAGCGAGAUGACUGCAAGCCCACUUGUGGGUCCAGAGAGGAAAAAAUCUUCAACUAUUCCAAGCAACAAUGUGUAUUCUGGAGGUAGCAUGGCAAGAAGGAAUACAUACGUCUGUGAGAGGACCACAGAUCGAUACACAGCAUUGCAGAAUGGAAAGGACAGCAGCCUUACAGAGAUGUCUGCAAGUAGCAUAUCUUCCACCGGCUCUGCUGUGGCCUCUGCUGUUGCCUCAGCCCGACCCCGACACCAGAAGUCUAUGUCCACUUCUGGUCAUCCUAUUAAAGUCACACUGCCAACCAUUAAAGAUGGCUCUGAAGCUUACCGGCCUGGUACAACCCAAAGAGUGCCUGCUGCUUCCCCAUCUGCUCACAGUAUUAGUGCCACCACUCCAGACCGGACCCGCUUUCCCCGAGGGAGUUCAAGCCGAAGCACUUUCCAUGGGGAGCAGCUCCGGGAGCGUCGCAGUGCUGCUUAUAAUGGGCCACCUGCUUCGCCAUCCCAUGAAACGGGUGCAUUUGCACAUGCCAGAAGGGGAACGUCCACUGGUAUAAUAAGCAAAAUCACAUCCAAAUUCGUUCGCAGGGAUCCAAGUGAAGGCGAAGCCAGUGGCAGAACCGACACCUCAAGAAGUACGUCAGGGGAAGCAAAAGAAAGAGACAAGGAAGAGGGUAAAGAUUCCAAGCCGCGUUCUUUGCGGUUCACAUGGAGUAUGAAGACCACUAGUUCAAUGGACCCUAAUGACAUGAUGAGAGAAAUCCGAAAAGUGUUAGAUGCAAAUAACUGUGAUUAUGAACAAAAAGAGAGGUUUUUGCUUUUCUGUGUCCAUGGAGAUGCUAGACAGGAUAGCCUCGUGCAGUGGGAGAUGGAAGUCUGCAAACUGCCACGUCUGUCACUUAAUGGGGUUCGUUUCAAGCGAAUAUCUGGGACUUCUAUUGCCUUCAAGAACAUUGCAUCCAAAAUAGCAAAUGAGCUUAAGCUGUAAAGAAAUCCAAAUUUACAGGAUCAGGGAAGAUACAUUCAUUAAUGAGGUACAGUUUUUGAAUGUACUGGUAAUGCCUAAUGUGGUCCACCUGUGAAUCUCCCCAUGUAGAAUUUGCCCUUAAUGCAAUAAGGUUAUACAUAGUUAUGAACUGUAAAAUUAAAGUCAGUAUGAACUAUAAUAAAUCUGUAGCUUAAAAAGUAGGUUCACAUGUACAGGUAAGUAUAUUGUGUAUUUCUGUUCAUUUUUUGUUCAUAGAGUUGUAUAAUAAAAUAUGAUUGCUUAAAAACUUGUAUAGUUGUCUAGAUUUCUGCACAUAAAUGUACAUUUGAUGCUUUGAGUUGAAAAUGUUUUUUCCCUGUUAUUUACAUUUUGGUGGGUUUUUUAAAUUCUUACCUCCGUCAUGCAAUUUUGAAAAUUGUGUCCAGGAUUAAAAGUGCACAAAAGUAGUCUUUACAAUUGUAGCAUGGACUUUUAAAAAUUAUUUUAAAAUCAUAUUGAAAAUUAAAUCAGAAGCUGAUCAGCUUUAUUAUACACAGAAUUAUUCCUGUUUAUCUUUGCUCUUAGCCUUGUUAUCAAACAAGGUUUAGUUAAGAAGAUACGAAAUGUUUACAGUGUCAGCACUUAGAGUUUUUAAAAUAAAGUACGUGAAAAUAAAUAAUAGCUUUGGCUUGAGCUAGGAAGUACUGGGGAAAAUUAAAUCUAUUCCAAGUUUCUUUUGAACUUUGAAGUGUUUUCUGUCCCACUGCUAAUUAUAGCAGCAAAAUUGAAAUGAAUCAAUACUUCAACUGACUAUUAUAAUGUAAACUGUCACUUAGGUCAGCUGCCUUCAGAAUACUGCAAUAUAAUUGCAGAAAUGUAAUAAUAUUGGGACUGUUUCAUAGCACAAACUCGUCUUUACAGUGUUGAUCAAUGCAUCAGUUAAGAAAUAAUGCCACCUCAGGAAUUAACUGGCAUUGGGAACAUUCGCUUCAUUCUCCUCCCAUCCUCUUCAUCCACCAUGCACCCCUGCCUCUAUAAUCUCUGUAAGUACUUAAAAGACUUGUGAGCAAAACAUACUAUUUAUGACAGUUUAUCAAUGAUUUACGCUUAUGUGGCUGUUCAGUUUGUUCCCACGUAACCCAUUUGAUUUCAGUAUUUUGCCAGAUUUCUUGUAUUUAUUCUUCUUCAUUAUGCCUAUAAUGUGCAGCUUUGUAAUUGGCAUUUGCCUACUUUUCUUUCAUAAUUAGUGAUGUAUACAAUGUAAAACCACUAGUAAAGGUACCUUUUAAUACUUGUUAUUUUAUAUUGAAUUAGCCUUGGAGGUUGACUGUGCAAUGUUAUUUAAUGUUGUAAUUACUGUAAUAUCAACAUAUGGGCCCCAUCUGCACACUCUUGAGAAAUAGAAAGUGUAUUCAGAUUUUAUCAAAGAGAAAUAAAGCUGUGAUAAAUGCUGUAUUUCUAACCUACACUGGAAAGCUCUAAGUGUAGGUGAUGUGCCAUUCCGUAAUGGCUUCCAGACGAAGAUGAAUUUUACAUUCUGUACUGUACUGUGAUGUAGCUUUCUUCUGUAAUAGUUCUGUUCAAAAAUGAAGUGUAUUUUUGCCUUAGAAAAGGGUGAUGUUUGAAAAAGCAAAACAAAACUGUGUAGCCCCUUUAUACUCCAGUGUCCUUCAGAACGAGCGAUGCAGUCCUUUCUUCACUUUCACUGGUGCACACUGAAAUUUUACUUGAACAGUUCUCAUAAUAAAGCACUUGUCUUUGGCUCUUUA